GUUUAAUGAUCCCUAUAUUUACUAAUAUCAUCCCCCGUCACUUUAAAUGUAUAACCAAGAUCCAGACCAUAUUCAACAUGAUGAUUUGUUGGGACACCCCUCUAGUCAAUAGUGAAUAGCCGGGUUACGAGGUACCUCAAGUGGAGUAAUCUCAUGCAUGUGGCAGAUUCUGGCACUUUCUCUACUGUCGGCCAUCAUCUAGAUUAGAGUGGAUAUACUUCUACCUCAGGACAUCUGAAUGAAAUCAUACUUAAUACUGACAAGGCAGUCGUUGCGAGUGUGGAUACAGACACCGAAGCCGCAGCCUCGGUCCAACCAGUCCGACCGCCUCCAAACUUCACAUGCCCCGAUUUCUCCGGGGAAAAAGCUUAAGGUUGAAAUAUAAACUCUUCCUCCCCAGUUCAUCCUCUUCUCUUCCCCCUUUUUUUUUCUCCAGGUUUUGAUCAUUCAAUACAUCCACAACCCAUAUACACUCCUUCACCAUGUCUCUCAAGAACGAUGCUUUCCCCUCGUCCGCCGCGUUCGACGUGAUCAACGCUACCCUCAAGGCCGAUGCCGCCGAGCGCAAGGAUGCCGUCGAAAAGGCCAAGGCCAUCGUCAGCUUCAACAUCAAGAACGCCGGCGGCAAGGAGGAGAGCUGGUACCUCGACCUGAAGGAGGUCGGUGAGGUUGGCAAGGGUGCUGCCCCUGCUGGCAAGAAGGCUGAUGUCACCCUCUCCCUCUCCGAUGCCGACUUCGCCUCCCUCGUUGCCGGCAAGGCCAACGCCCAGCGUCUGUUCAUGGGCGGCAAGCUCAAGAUCAAGGGUAACAUCAUGAAGGCGACCAAGAUGGAGCCCGUCCUCAAGAAGGCCCAGGGCAAGGCCAAGCUCUAGAUACCCUGUAUUCAAUGUAUUUUCAAUUUCUCUCUCUUGAUGGGUGAACCUGUAAAUCUGUCAAUCCGUAAAUAUCCGUA